CUUAAAUCCAGCUCAGCUAAGAAUCUUGCUUCAACCAUCUCCAUUACUCCAUAUUCUGUAGCUUCUCCUCCAUCAUGGAUUAUCAAAUUCCUACUUUUCCGAUUAUCUUGGCCUUUCUUGUUUUCUUAUUGAUGCUGCUGAGAAUAUGGGGCAAAUCAAAAAUCAAUAAGUCAAAUUCGGUUGCUCCUCCUUCUCCAUGGAAGUUACCCCUGAUAGGAAACAUUCACCAAAUGAUUGGUUCUCUGCCGCAUCGACGCCUACAUGAUUUAGCCAACAAAUAUGGACCUCUUAUGCAUCUUCAACUUGGUGAAUUGUCCACUAUUGUUGUUUCUUCUCCAGAAGUCGCCAAAGAAGUCAUGAAAACCCAUGACAUUAGUUUUGCAUCCAGACCUUAUAUUCUUGCCAUAGAUGUCCUAUUCUAUAACACUAGUAAUAUGGGGUUUUCACCAUAUGGAGAUUACUGGAGACAGAUGCGUAAAAUUUUGACCGUGGAGCUCUUAACUGGAAGAAGGGUUCAAGCUUUGCGAUCGAUCAGAGAGGAAGAGGUAUCGGAGUUUGUUAAAUCCAUUUCUUCAAAUGCAAGGUCAAAAAUCAACCUCAGCGAGAUGUUAAUUUGUUUAACAUAUGCUAUCAUUUCAAAGACGGCAUUUGGUGGGAGUUGUGAGAAGCAUGGAGCAUUUGUACCACUUCUAAGAGAAAUCGUAGAGGUUACCUCUGGUUUCGGUUUGACUGAUAUGUUCCCUUCCAUCAAGUUGUUUCAUCUUAUCAGUGAAACGAGAACUCACCUUGAGAAGCUGCAUAGCGAAGUCGAUAAGAUACUUGAGAGCCUCAUCCAUGAACGUAGAGUUAACAAGUUAAGAAUCAACUCCACUGAAGAGUUUGGUAAAGAUUUCUUGGACAUUCUCUUGAAUCUUCAGGCACAUGGAGAAUUUCAGUUUCCCUUGACAGCAGACAACAUCAAAGCACUUAUAACGGAAGUUUUCUUGGGUGGGAGUGAAACAUCAUCUACGGCUUCAGAGUGGGCAAUGUCGGAAUUGCUAAAGAAUCCAAUAGUGAUGACAAAAGCUCAAGCAGAGGUAAGACAAGUCUUUGACAAAAAAGGAUAUGUAGAUGAAGCCGGACUAGAAGAACUAGAAUUCUUGAAAUUGGUUAUCAAAGAAACUUUAAGGUUACACCCUCCUUUUCCAUUGUUACUCCCAAGAGAAUGCAGAGAAAGAUGUCAAAUUAAUGGAUAUGACAUACCGGUCAAAACCCAAAUCAUCAUUAAUGCAUGGAGUAUCGGAAGAGAUCCUAAUUAUUGGAUUGAUGCAGAGAAGUUCUAUCCCGAGAGAUUCAUCAAUAGUUCGAUAGACUACAAGGGGAAUAACUUUGAAUUUAUCCCUUUUGGUUCUGGUAGGAGAAUGUGUCCUGGUUUGUCAUCUGGAGUACUGACCGUUGAGCUUAUACUUGCAAAUUUACUCUACCAUUUUGACUGGAAGCUCCCUAAUAACAUCAAUCAAGAAGAACUAGACAUGACUGAGAUUAUUGGUUCUGCAGUUGGAAGAAAAAAUGAUCUGUAUUUAAUCCCCAUCCCUUACACUGUUACACCGGCUGUGUCAAAACAUAUAGAUUCUCACUUUUAGCUACCAUUUCCUUGUGUAAGUAUUGAUUGUUUGCUUUACUUCCAAUGGUUAAGUUUUUCUUGUACCAUUUGUCCUCAUUUCCUGGCUUGUAUCUUUCAGUAAAAAUGAAUGGGCAUUAGUCUCCUUUACUUA